AGAAAGGCGAGUUCGAGGCCACCUAGCCCCUGUUUCAAAACAAGCAAAACGAAAGGCGAGAAACGCUUUGGCGUUAACUGUGCUAGUACUAAAAAAGGAAGCUUAUCGCGCAUGGGUUUACAAGGAGGGGCUGCUGACAAUGCACUCACAGAAAGGCAAAGUAGAAUUAGUCACAGUCCGCCUGGGUCCCUCAGGAGUCCCCACAGCGACCACUGCAGACUGCGGGACUGGGGGCGGGGGCACUCACACUUGUCCCCAUCCUUCUCCUCUCCGGGUAGCUAGUUCUGCCUGAUCCCUUGGCCUAAUUCCCUGGUUGAAGUCCAGAGCCGGCUGUGGAGAGGGAAGGCCAUCGCCCCACCCCGCCCUGCAGCCCUCUGUCCGGCAGGCGCAGGGCUUUAGGGCCUCGGAUGCAGGCUUUCGCUCCAGGCGACCCCGGUAGCCAGCGCGGCAGGUGCAGCACAGCUCGGAUGUUGAUCUCCAGACUGACACCUGUGAGAACUGUGACAGACUUUUCAGUCCUGUGUCUGACAACGUGAUGUGACGAUGACGGCCAGGGUGAUUUGGGGUAGCCUCAGCCUGCUUCGAGUCUUAUGGUGUCUCCUUCCCCAGACUGGCUACAUACACCCAGAUGAAUUCUUUCAGUCACCGGAGGUCAUGGCAGAGGACAUCCUGGGUGUGCAGGCUUCACGGCCCUGGGAAUUUUACCCCAGCAGCUCCUGCCGCACUGUGGUCUUCCCACUGCUGACCUCUGGCUCUACCUUCUGGUUGCUCAGGCUCUGGGAAGAGCUGGGGCUCUGGCCUGGUCUGGGUGACAAUGAAGAACAAGAAAAGUUACUGAAGAAAAGCUGUACACUGUAUGUUGGAAAUCUUUCCUUUUAUACAACUGAAGAACAGAUUUAUGAACUCUUCAGCAAAAGUGGUGAUAUAAAGAAGAUCAUCAUGGGUCUGGAUAAAAUGAAGAAAACAGCGUGUGGGUUCUGUUUUGUGGAAUACUAUUCAAGAGCAGAUGCAGAGAAUGCAAUGCGGUACAUAAAUGGAACUCGUCUGGAUGACCGGAUCAUACGGACAGACUGGGAUGCAGGCUUUAAGGAGGGCAGGCAGUAUGGACGUGGACGGUCUGGGGGCCAGGUUCGGGAUGAGUAUCGAGAGGACUACGAUGCUGGAAGAGGUGGCUAUGGAAAACUGGCACAGAAACAGUGAGUGGGGCGAGCCCAAGUACACAGCGCAUGGUACAUCAGCAUCAGCAGUGAUGAUGCUGGGGAAGGUUGCCCAAGGUCUCAUCAGGGUCUCUGCUGUACUGGAAGUACUUCUGGGUUUCCUCUGAAAUAUUAAAAGACAGAAUCCAAAGAAUGCCUUUAUUUCUAGUCUUAUUAGGAUGAUUUUCUGUUAUUAGGUAAAAAACUGUAUACCUGGGCCACAGAUGCAAUCUGUGCUGAUUAAACUGUCAGCUGGAUACCACACUUUUAGGGAGAUUGGACAAAAUGUCAGAAUUGACUUUACAAGUAGGUUGGUAAUCUUCAUGGGGACUGAGAUGAUUUUCUACAUCUUAAAUUUUCAUGUUUCUCACUGGGGUUUUGCUAGUCUCUAUAGCUUUGCUCUAAAUUAGGAACAGGUGUUUGUCGACUGGAUUUGCUUUUUAUGUUUCAGUAUAGUUGGCACAAAAUUCAGCCUUAAAUAGGUCUGGGGAUGCCACCUGAACUGUGCUUUAUGCAUCAGGAUACUUCAGGACUUUAGCUCACUAAACACAUUUCUCAAAAGAUGCAAAUGUUUUACUGAACGUUUAAAACAAAACAAACCAAGGACUUUGUUAUCCAGAGAGCCUCCGAUAUCCUACGUACAGAGGACACCAUCAGUAGGGAUGGGAUGAGAACUCAAACACUGCCUUGAUAGGGAAGCUGAGGUUGGAACCAUUCAAUUAUUUCUUCCCAUUUCAAAAGGACCUUAGAACAGAGUGGGCUUUAGACAGGGGCUUCACCAGGGCUGUGAUCCCUGCUACUUGGGAGGCUGAAACAAGAGAAUCAAAAGUUCAGUACCAGCCUGGGUACCUUGUGAAUCUGCCUCAUAAUAGAAACAUAAAGGGGCUGGCGAAGGUACUGGUCAUGGAGGCUAAGGACUUCCUUAUUGUGUAAGUGCCCCGGCUUAAUCCUUGGGAUUAAACAAUAAAAGAGUCUGAAAAUUGGGAGAGUAUUUAACAACAGAAAGGCUCCUCUAGGAAUGUCUGUUACAAGUGUUACAAAUAUUUUAGUCUUUUUUCCCUGAACUUGUUUACUGAGGUCCAUGUAUUAAGAGUAAGCUAGAGGUUAGUUUCUACAGGAGUCUAGAGAUCUUUUUUUCUUUCUUUUUUUUUUCCAUUUUCUUUGUAUUAUAUGUAACUUUUUUGAUACAAGAGAAGGAAAUCUUCAUGUUACUUUGUUACUAAAGCAUCUUCUAAUUCUUACUAGUUUUCCCAGGUUGGGGCAGAGCAUCUUUGAUGCUGUUUUAAGUGUGGUUCUCUUGAGAGCUGUAACAACUAGAAUGCUUAGGAAGCCCACUUGCAAGCACCCAGUGAGGAGACACUUAAGUGUUAAAAUAAAGCUUUUUUAUACUGUUUAUCAUACAUUCUUUUGUAGUAAAAUAUAAGUCAGUGGGAAUUUUAUCUUCUGUAACAAGUUUCAAUAAAGUUAGACCAACUAGUG